AUGUUCAACGCCGUCCACAACGCGGGAUCAUCGGUCCACCAUAACGGCAUGUCUCUCUUCUUAGCAACUGUUCCCGAAGGCGUGCUCUUCCACCAUGGAACCACCCGGCCGGAAAGUCCCUCGGAUCCAGACCGGCUCGCUUACGAGAUCGAACAUGCCGAAGGGUUUACUCGGAGCUUCGGUGGUCCGCCGCGACAAACGAAGCCGCAUCCGGAGCCGAUGCCGGGCGGCGCAGCAAACGAGCAAAAGAUAAUAGGCCGCACAACACACUUGUCCGACCAUGAAACUGGGUGGCUGCACGUGUACCGGACAAGUCGGCCCCUCCAAUUCCUGUACGUCGAUGGGAUGAGCGGAGGGAAAAGUGCGAAUGGAACCCCCGACACGCAGGAUUAUCUACUCCGUAGCGACCCGUCUUACGGAAAAGCAGAACGAGAAGCUAGUCCGACGAUCGACUUGGGAGAGCGAAAACGCGCGCAGUCCCUUUGCAAGCUCUGCAAAGAAUGGAACCUGCAGGGCAUCAUUCGAAUGGAGGCCGGCUUCGAGAUCAUCAAGUGCAAUUUCACCGACGGCAUGGACCAGGUCCAGGUCUUUCGACGUCCCGGGUCGCGAGGCCGCGGCAAACUAUGGGCUGAAACUCAACACUUUGAAUACCUGCGCGGCGUUGCGGAGAGAAAUUUUGACAUUCGGUCAUCGCGGACCGUCGUCGACUAUUCAUCCACGGUUUCGGCCUUUUUCUUCCCCGUCAACCUCGCAAAUCCCGAUCCCAAGCGUCCUGAUCUGCCGAGACUCUCGGAAGCCAGCCAUGCCGAGCUAGUUGCCCUGAAAAGAAUAUUUAAUGGCCAUUAUUGA